AUGUACUCUUCUACGCCCCGACCUUGGGCGGUGAUGUUUCUGAUGGCGCAUUUGCUCAUCGUAGCAUUUGCUAUCCAAUCCGCCGCCGACUACUACGUACAUCAUCUUCCCGGCAUCCCCAAAGAUGCACCUCCCAUCAAGAUGCACGCCGGACAUAUUGAGAUUGAACGUGGACACAACGGAAACAUGUUCUUCUGGCACUUUCAAAACCGGCACAUCGUCGGCAGGCAGAGGACCGUCAUCUGGCUCAACGGAGGCCCGGGAUGCAGCUCCGAAGACGGUGCUUUGAUGGAGGUUGGACCAUAUAGGCUGAAGGACGAGGAGACGCUGACCUUCAAUAACGGAUCGUGGAACGAGUUUGCGAACCUGCUCUUCGUCGACAACCCUGUCGGUACAGGCUUCAGCAAUGUGGACGCGGACAGCUACACCCGCAGUCUGCCUGCUAUGGCGUCUCAGUUUGUGACCUUUCUGGAGAAUUUCUUUGCCAUCUUUCCUCACUAUGAGCAAGACGAUAUUUACCUCGCGGGGGAGUCGUAUGCAGGCCAGUACAUCCCCUACAUUGCCAAGGCCAUCCUCCAGCGCAACGAAGCAAUCGGGAAGCAUUCUUCUUCCGACCGGUGGAACCUAAGAGGCCUGAUUAUUGGCAACGGCUGGAUCUCACCAAAAGAACAGUACGAAGCGUACCUAACCUUCACUGUCGAGAAGGGUCUGGUGCAAGAGGGCACGGAAGAGGGCGACAAGCUGCGGUCCCUCGUGCGCGACUGCCAGCAAGCAAUGGGGGAUUCGCCCACCCUCGCCGAAUACCCCGACUGCGGCAAGGUACGCGCCAUGAUGCGGGACAUUGGACGUGCCGGCGCCGACGACCAGACCUGCUACAACAUCUACGACGUCCGCCUCCGAGAACCGUACCCUGCUUGCGGGAUGAACUGGCCGCCAGACUUGCGAUACGCGACCCCGUACCUCCGGCGGCCCGACGUCGUCUCCCAGCUCAACAUGCACGGCCACCACCCCGCCUGGCAAGAAUGCACGAGCAGCGUCGGGCAGGCCCUGCGGCCCUCCGCCGAUGAGCCCUCCGUGCGGCUCCUCCCGGAGCUCCUCGCGGCGCAGCUCCCGAUCCUGCUCUUCUCCGGCGCCGAGGACCUGAGCUGCAACCACGCCGGCACCGAGGCCCUGAUCGACGCGCUGGAGUGGAACGGUGGCCGGGGCUUCGGGGAGGGGGCGCAGCGGCGUGCGUGGACGUUUGGCGGGGAGAGGGCCGGCUUCUGGCAGGAGGCGCGCGGCUUGACGUACGUCCUGUUCCACGACGCCUCGCAUAUGGUGCCGCUGGAUCACCCCCAGAGGUCGCUGGACAUGCUGAGCCGCUUCGUGGGCGUCGACGCGGGGAGGGGCGCGGGGGACAGUCACGUCGAGGGAGCUGACGUCGCGGAGGCGUCGACGCUGCACUAUCCCUACCCAGCGCAGUUGCGAGCGAAACCAGCUGCCGGUACGUGCGUGGCAUGUAGGGAGGUUGGGCAAGCUGUGAUUGUCUUUGGCAGCGUCGUCAUGGCCGUGUGCGUCUAUUUCCUCUGGCGGUGGCACAGAGGGAGAGCUGGUCGGAAACAGCGGAGAGACAGUCGCGACGAGGAAUGGUAA